AUGUUGGCCCCGCAACCAUCUGAAUUGCCAGUAUGGACACCUACAGUAAUAGUUCCUCGUUGCCGCGUCACUCCAGAUGGUGGAAUCGUCAAGAUGCAGAACCUCACAACGGCUAGUGAGCAAUUCCCUGUAUGGGAACGAGGCUCAAAUGCCAAAAUAGCAUAUACCGCCUAUACAUUCAUACCUCAUGACUUGGAGUCUACACCGAACGAUCCCUCAUCUCCCUCCCCUGUCGCAAAACACGAAUGUCAUCAACACAAUUCAUCAUCCGACAAGAUUUGUUGUAGUAACCACGAAAAUGAGCAUAAACACGAUUGCUCAUCGUCGCAUGGAAAAUGCCAUCAGGAACCUGAUAUAAUACCUCUACCCAUCACUGAACAAUCAAAACCGAAACGCGUCAAGGUUGGAGAAUCAAGUGUGUUUGAACUUCGGAUGGGGAUGAAGUUUAGUGUCCCUGCUAUGGAGGAAUGUAUAAAGACUAUGCGUGUCGGUGAAACUGCAAAGUUCCUCUGUCUGCCUCCCUACACUGAUGGAUACGUGCAGAUGGAAUUAGCAUUAAGGCAGGAACGUGAUAAAUCAGUGGGUAGUGCUCCUCGCUGUGCACACGGGUUUGCGUCCCUAUUGAAUCAACAUAAGGAUCUGAUACACGUCCCAACUACACCACUCGAGUUUGAAAUCACUCUGAUUGAUGCCAAAUCACCCAAAGACUUUGAGCGUGAGCUAUGGGAGAUGUCUAGUCUUGAGAAAUGGAAUGAAGCCGUCGCUAAACGUGUCAGUGCCAAAGAAUUGUGUCAAGCAGGGCGAUGGAACGAAGCUCUACCCAUACUGAAACGUAGUGUAAUAUUGCUGGAAUCUCUAAAGACAAGUAGUACCAUACAGGAUCUAGAACGAGAAAAGUUGCGUCAAGACCGUCUUAGUGAAUCGACUGACUCCGCUACAACCGAAUUGGACUUCGUGACACUUGAGGACUAUAAUGAACUCUAUAUAUCGACCCAUCUGAAUCAUGCUCUGUGUACUCUAAAGCUCGGAGACUACGAGUCAAGUAUCUUAUCUUGUACAGCAGUGAUUACUCGAGACCCAAAUCAUGUCAAGGCCAGGUUUCGACGAGCCAAGGCUUAUAUUGCUAUUGGACGUGAUUUGGAACUAGCAGAACAAGAUAUAUAUGUACUCAAGCAUACAUUACAAGACACCGACGAUACCCUGGCUGAUAUUCGUCGUGAAGAGACGCUUCUUCGUCAGAAGAAGCUGGCAUGGGCUGCCAAAGAACGAAACAUGUAUGCAGGAAUCCUCACAAAGUAG